AUGGCGGUAAUAUAUGACCAGUUUAUCAUCAUGACUUGUCUAUAUCAAGCACAAUGUAUAAUUAAUCAUAUAAGAGAGGGUUUUAACAGUUUUAUUUGUUAUGUAGAACAGAUUCACGUGACCAGUUCAGAUUAUUAUAAACAUAAAAUGAAGCUGAUAAAUGAUCUAACAGAUUAUACACGGUACCAACCCUCCCAAAUUCCUCUUCAGAAUAAUUCUUAUUCUUUACCAAUAGACGCCGUCAUUUCUAUUGGAAACUCCAUUGAAGUGCGUGAAGAAACUCAAAGUGUGCUAUUAGAUAUCUGGUUACAGUUUAAAUGGGAUGACUUUUUAAUGACUUGGAAUAGUUCUAACUUUGGAAAUAUAAGCACUGUUAGGUUGGAUAUCGAUCAAAUUUGGCAUCCCAAGAUUGGGAUUUUCUUUGGAACAGAACAAGAGAGUAUAGUAACUGAUAGCAAUACCCAAGUUCAGGUAUCUCAUGAUGGAACUGUUUUUAUCCAUAUUAUAGAUAGUACUAGUGUUCGUUGUUUUCUUGAUGUUGCCAAGUUCCCUUUUGAUAAACAAUCGUGCGAAAUAUAUAUUGUUCCACUAAAUGCUUAUAAAUCUGAAAUAUACUUUCGAAAUAUUUCCACCGAAAUCAAAAUCAUUGGAGAAGGGCAAUGGGAUAUUCUCACACAUGGUUAUAUACUGGAAGAACGUUCAAACAAUGCACUUUUGACGUUUGCAUUCGUUAUUGAGCGUCGCCCGAGCUAUUAUGUCACCUAUGUCAUACUUCCGAUUAUGGCUACGUCUUUACUGAAUCCAGUAGUAUUCCUCAUACCAGCUGAUUCAGGUGAAAAAGUUUCCACGGCUGUAACAAUACUAUUGUCUUACUCGGUGUUUCUUGGUGUUAUUAGUGAGUUGUUAGCGAAAACGUCAACAUCCAUUGCUAUGUUAUCUAUCUAUAUUGUUGCUUCCCAACUCAUGAGUGGUCUUUACGUGUUUCUUUGUGUUAUAAUAGUUCGUCGUUUCAAUAGACUGGAUCAGAAUACCUUUGUUUGUCCCUGUUUCCCUAAAAAUAACACAGUUAAUGAUGGAAUUGAUAGUGCGAAGGAGAGUAAUGAUGAAACAAGUCAUAAAGAAUCUUACUAUGAUGCUGGUAAAAUUGACAGAAUCUGUGCUCGAGUAGCAUUCACUUUUACUUUUACAGCGACAAUAGCACUCAGUAUUUUCCUUCUGUUAUAA